AUGCCAUGGGGAAACUGGACAAUUGUCCAUGAGUUUGUUCUUGUGAGCUUCUCAGCCCUGUCAUCUGAACUACAGGCUCUCCUGUUUCUCCUUUUUUUGACCAUUUACCUGGUUACCCUAACGGGCAAUGUCCUCAUCAUCCUGGUCACCACAGCUGACUCUGCCCUUCAGAGUCCGAUGUACUUCUUCCUCAGAAACUUGUCCUUCCUGGAGAUAGGUUUCAACUUGGUCAUUGUGCCCAAGCUGCUGGGGACCCUGAUCAUGCAUGACACAGCCAUCUCCUUCCUUGGCUGUGCUACUCAGAUGUAUUUCUCCUUCUUCUGUGGGGCUGCUGAGUGCUGUCUCCUGGCCACCAUGGCAUAUGACCACUAUACAGCCAUCUGCAACCCUCUGCGCUACCCAGUCAUCAUGGGCCACAGAGCCUGUGCCCAGCUGGCAGCUGCCUCUUGGUUCUCAGGGAUUCCAGUUGCCACUGUGCAAACAACAUGGAUUUUCAGCUUCCAAUUUGGUGGCCCCAACAGGGUGAACCACUUCUUCUGUGACAUCCCCCCUGUCAUUGCAUUGGUCUGUUCUGAUACUUCUCUGCUUGAACUGGAAAGUCUGACAGCUACAGUCUUAUUCAUCCUCUUCCCUUUCUUGCUGAUCCUGGGGUCCUAUGUCCGCAUCCUCUCCGCUAUCUUUAGGAUGCCUUCAGCCAAGGGGAAACAAAAGGCCUUCUCCACAUGUACCUCACACCUCCUGGUUGCGUCCCUCUUCUACAGCACUGCCAUCCUCAUGUACUUCCGGCCCCGGUCCAGCACCUCUCCUGAAAGCAAGAAGUUGCUGUCACUCUCCUACACGGUGGUGACACCCAUGUUGAAUCCCGUCAUCUACAGCUUAAGGAAUAAUGAAGUAAAGGCUGCACUGGGGAGGGUUAUACGCAAGACCCUGGGUGCUCAGAAAUUAUAA